GCUGGAAGGAGCUUUUCCACCAUGAGGAUGCAGUACCUGCUCCCCACUCUGCUGUACCUCUCACUUGUGCUGCUGGGGCCUGGCGAUGGAGUCAUUGUAUUGUCCGUCCCUGAAGUGGUUUCAUUAGAAAGUGGAAGUUCAACAAAUGUCACUAUCUCUCUGAGGGCUCCUUUAAAUGAGACACUGGUGAUAACUCUUAAUAUUACACACUCAUCAAAACGCAGCACUAUUGUUGAACUACCUGAUGAAGUACAAUUGCCUGCAGGUCACACUAAAGCAGACUUCCAAGUGAAAGCAGAUGAUGUUGGACAAGUAACAGUUUAUCUUUAUACCAUUAAUUCCAACUUAACUGGACCUAGGAUUCAAUUUCAAGUGAUUCAUAGCAUCAUAGUGAGAUAUGCUGAUGAGGUGAUUGGCUGGAUCUAUUUCCUUGCCUGGUCUGUCUCCUUUUAUCCUCAACUCUUUGAGAACUGGCGACGAAAAAGUGUUGUUGGACUAAGCUUUGACUUUAUAGCAUUAAACCUUACUGGCUUUAUAGCAUACAGUGUGUUUAAUGUUGGACUCUUCUGGAUUCCCUUGAUUAAGGAGGAAUUCUUAGUCAGUUACCCCAGCGGGGUGAACCCUGUGGCUAUCAAUGAUGUUUUCUUCAGUCUCCACGCAGUAGCUCUAACUCUCCUCACCGUAAUUCAGUGCUGCAUCUACGAGAGAGCAGGUCAAAAAGUAUCCAAAGUUGUUGUUGGACUACUGGCACUGGCAUGGAUCUUCACAUUUACAACACUGUUUCUUGCUGCAGCUGAGGAAAUGACAUGGCUACAGUUCUUAUUCUGCUUCUCUUACAUUAAGUUAGCAGUCACACUGAUAAAAUAUUUUCCACAGGCAUACAUGAAUUUCCGUCGGAAGAGUACUGAGGGAUGGAGUAUUGGAAAUGUAUUACUAGACUUCACUGGUGGAAGCUUCAGCCUUCUCCAGAUGUUUUUGCAGUCAUACAACAACGAUCAGUGGAAGUUAAUCUUUGGAGAUCCAACCAAGUUUGGCCUGGGUGUCUUCGCCAUCAUCUUUGAUAUUGUUUUUAUGGUCCAGCACUACUGCCUUUAUAGGAGACGAGGGUAUGAACCUUGUGAAUAACAUCAGUUGUGAAGACAAAAACUUUAAAUUGAACUUGCCCCUACCCUGGCUGAGGGCUUUCAAGAUGCCUACUGCCAGUUACCAGAAAUACUGAUUCUGAUCUCUGUUUAUACUUUGAUCCUCUCUGGUAUGGAAUACGAGCUGUUGCCUUGCCAAAUGCUGAUUGCCAGAUGCCUUAAAGGACAGCAAGCUAUCUAGCCACCACUUGCAAAUGGAAGACUCAUGCCUGUUGAAGCUGCAAAGACAGCUUAGCGUGAGCUGUCCAAGCAACAUGUGGCUCUUUUUCCAUAACAACAGGAAAGACCAGAGUGAUGUCUUUCUGAUUGGACGUGAAGCACAAAGAGCAGAGUUCUGGCUUCCAAAAAUCUGAGAUCAUGUUUAAGCAACCACUUAACAUCUUAAUGUAAUGACCAAAGACCGUCUGUGGAUCUAAGUGCUGUUGCUGACUCCUCACAGACAGAUCACAGGAGAACACCACUCAGGUUGGCUGUUAACAGCUGUAGUGCUACAUAAAAGAAUGAGGUUGGUAGCAAACACACAAAUAUUAGAACCUGAACUCUGUUAAAAAAAAUACUGAGAAGCAGCAGAAACUGUAUUAUUUCACUGAAAGCUCCUUCAAAGGUGUUAAGACCAGUGCUCAGAUUUAUCUGAAUACUUCUAAUGCACUAACUUCAUUUUGCUCAGUUCUACUGAAAUGCCUUGAAUCCUAAAUGGUGGAUGGUAAAGAUUAAAGAUUUAUCAAAGAUA